AUGCCUUCAAGGCUAUCCAAGUUGUUUCGGUCCGAGAAGUUGGACAAGGAGAAAGAAGCAGAGGCUGAUGCAGAACGUAGUCGCUCUAGCGGCGACGUUGCUCCUCCAGCCUACGCGCCACCCGAAUACGACCAGGACAAUGUCCUCGACCCACCAGACAUGACAGCCGGCUUUGCCAAUCUGAAGCUCAGCUCGAAGAACAAAGAUGGCGUACCCACGAUCGACGAGUGUGCUGCGCACCUGAAGCUCCUCGAGUGCUUCUACCGCCUCAAGCAGUCCAUCGGCUCACGAGAUGGGAUCUAUGGAAUCUCGGACAGUGUUGUGACCCAACACAUUGCCAGCGGCGACAAGGCGAAUGAGCUACUAGCCAAGCUUGCUGAGAAGCGCUGGGCUAUCUACCUACAUCAAGCCGUCGACCGUUUCGAUGCAUGGCUACACGCUCUCAUGCCCGAUGCUAAGCCCAUUACCUAUACCGAGUAUCAGACGACGGCUGAGAACGGAUCACUGUGCCAUCCCAGCCCUGCCAACCCACCUUUCGUGCUCGAACAGGAGCACUUACCGCCAGUCGAUGUGCUCAUGGUCUGGCAUUCGUAUAUGCUCAACCCUAGAGCUUACCUGGAAGACUGUCUGCGACUCGGACGUAUGCGACUAUGGCAUACAGACAUGCCGUGGCACAGCAUCUCGUCCAGUAUCAAUGCCGGAACCUUCAAGUACGAGCCUGGCGAAGUCACUGAAGGAGUCUUUGCCGGCAUGACUGGUCUUAAAUGGGACAGCGCUUCAUCCGAUGUCAAGGACAAGUCUAUCGUAUGCCCCUCGUGCCAGAGUCAGCUCUCAGUGCCAUGGACGGCGAUGUCUGAACCAACUAGAGCAGUCACCGAGUCGACCCUCCCCGACAUCAUCGACGGAAUGCUCUCUACAGGCACAGGGUAUUGUGACAAGGAUCUCUUAGCAUCCUGCCCAAGCUGCAAGACGACCGUCACGCACGAACGUCUGCGUGCUGGCAAGUUCUGCUCAGACAUCAAGAAGUUGUUGAACAAUGACACACCUAUGGGUGGUACGAUGCUCGGAACAAGUGGACUCCCGGGUAAAGCAGCCGGACAGCGCGACAUCCUCUUCAAAUACGUUACGCUACCGCCAAACAAUAUCUUGAGAGAUGGUCUAGGUGGGAAGCUGCUCGCCUCCACCAAGGCGGAAGGUGACGGCUUCAGCGAGAGCAUGCAGGGCAUUCGAGAUGUCAUUGAGGCUGCUACACAAGACAAAGCUUACAUGCGGAAGGUGCGCGGGAGUGCAAGCCAUCGCUUGACGCGCGCAGAGAAGAUUGGCAUCCGACGCAUGAUGAGCAGGUAUUGGGACAAUAGCUCACCAUUCGCUCUCGACUUGGUCGGAGCUGUUGUACGACAAGGCUCCUUCAUCGAGAAGAUGCAUAACAUCGACUGGCUACACUCACCCGCACUUCCCAGCACCAUGAAACGACUACUGACCAAGUACGAACGCUUCGUGCAAAUCAUGGCAGACCAGCACAACAUGGCGGUACCAACUCUCGACGUCGACCUAGCAUGGCAUAGCCACCAACUCAGCCCGUCUGGGUAUAUGGAGUACACAAUCAAAGCCACAAAGCAAUUCAUCGACCAUGAUGACAAGGUCGCCGAGACGAAGCUCAACGAUGCCUUCGCCUGGACAAGCAAGACCUAUCAGCGCCUCUUCAACGAGCCGUACAGUGAGUGUACAUGUUGGUAUUGCGAAGCUGUCCGCGAGAGCCACACAAGCACCGCCAGCCGUCUCUUCCAUGGAUCACAAUCGCGAGUCACGGACAGCAUGGUCCACAAAGUUGAGACCGAUUCCGCGAAGAGCGUACACAUCUCCAGCCACAACGCCGUCCGCCCAUCGGAUGACACGAACAAGUACCAAAUAACAGCUUCCAGACAAGCUGACGAGCUCGACAAAGCAUAUCGUAAGGCUUGCAUACGCGCCAGCAAGAACGGCAAGCCAGCACCAAAACGCGAGAACUACUCCUAUUCCGAUGCUUGGGGGUACCCGGUCUACAUGCCUGCUUAUGCUCCUUAUAUUGGAUAUGCUGGGUACUGCCCGGCUUACUAUCCCAUGAAUCCAGGCUGCAUGGCUGUUGGAGCAGAUGCGGUGGCGGCGGCGCUGGCGGAGGCGGAUGUGGAGGUGGCGGAGGAGGAGGAUGCGGCGGUGGAGGCGGAGGCGGAGGAUGUGGGGGAGGUGGUGGGUGCUAAGAAGGUGACUGAGCGUGUAGGCACGCAGAUUGAGAGAGAGCUUGAUGACGAUCGAAGCAAAGAAACGGGAUACCUGGCAGCCGUUCGCCAAACCACUAUCAUGAAUACUUUACGAUAG